AUGGAACGCCAAGGAAAGCGCGGCACUUCCCUGGAGGUUCUAAAGUUGUCGGGCAACCCCAUCUAUGCCUUGACGUGGGCGUGUGACCUCACCGUCCUGGCACUGAAGGAGCUGUUAUCCCCGCACGCGGAGACGCCGGCGCAGUUCCUCGAGCUGAUCCACGAGAAUCAUAUCCUGGGCGACCUCGAGGUCAUCUCCCUGCAUCCCGACAAGCCAACGACGCUCUUCGCUUACCGGAAGGAUCCGCCGCCUCUGCUUGAAUUCCUCAGGAACCUGAUCAAAGGGCGCUUCGUGCGGCGUUUUCGCCACGCGAAUGCUUUCAUGGCCUCAAGGAAGGCGGCGGCGCGGGUGGUCAAGUAUAUCCUUGCUGCAGACUCUGACGGCUCCGUAGUGAACCAGAAGGAGGCAGCUUGGUACGACCCCUUCGACGACUUCGACGAGUACCGGAACUGCACAGCUUUGCACUAUGCGGCAUGCUUCGGAGAGACCCAGAUCUGCAAGGCGCUCUUGGACCAUCCGCGAUUCGAACAAGCGAACUCCCUCGCUGACGUGGCCAUGCCCUUCUCGUACUCCUCGGUGAUGGAUUUUGUGGGGAGCUCAUGCACCGCACUGCACUGUGCUGUGGCAUGGUACCGGCCAGAAGUCUGCUCCCUGCUCCUUCACCACAGCUGCUUCUCAGCCGUCGGCGAACAGAACGCUGGCGGCCAGACCGUGCUUCAUAUGGCGGUGCUGAACGGCGAGACGGACCUGGUGGCUGAGCUUCUGCAGGAUGGGCGCAUCGAUGCGGGAGCAAGGACGUUGGAAGGCCUCACUGCUGUGGAGCUGGCUCUGCUCAUCCGCGUGGAGCUGUCGUGCUAUGGCGGCUGCAGAGGCAAGUACGAUAAGAUCCUGGCCCUCCUGCUGGAGCGCAGUCCGGAUGCGGACAGCGUAAACGUGCUGAGCGUGGCACUGGCCACAUUCGACAAGCCCUUGGAGCAAGUUGCUCUGAGUUGCCUUCGUCGUCGUGGCAAGUUCCUUGCUGGCAUGCAUGUCGGCAACGGCCGACUGGAUGCGUCGCAGUUCUUCCGGAAUGAGCUGGCCCAGAAGGAGGAUCGCUGGCGGAAGAAGUUCGUGCAGAAGCAGAAAGAGUUCAGUCGGAAGCAAAAUGUUGCGGCAAAGCGACUCCGCAACCGCCAGUCUUCUGACGAAGAGCAGCUGACCCGACGGCCAGCGCAUACGAGAGCCAGAGACGCUUGCGCGUUCGGCGCGGACGACUGGCAAAUCUACCGUUGA